AUGGGAGGCGUACGUGAAAAGAAAGUUGAAUAUUUCGCUAAAUUAAGAGAAUACUUCGAAGAAUACAAGUCAUUGUUCGUCGUUGGUGUCGACAAUGUUUCUUCUCAACAAAUGCAUCAAGUCAGAAAGGCUUUGAGAGGCAGAGGUGUUGUCUUAAUGGGUAAGAACACCAUGGUUAGAAGAGCCAUCAGAGGUUUGGUCACUGAAUUGCCAGACUUGGAAAAGUUGUUGCCAUUCGUUAAGGGUAACGUUGGUUUCAUCUUCACCAAUGAAUCUUUGAGAGACAUCAAAGAAGUCAUUGUUGCCAACAAGGUUGCUGCUCCAGCUAGAGCUGGUGCCGUUGCUCCAGAAGAUAUCUGGGUCAGAGCUGUCAACACCGGUAUGGAACCAGGUAAGACCUCUUUCUUCCAAGCUUUGGGUGUCCCAACCAAGAUUGCCAGAGGUACCAUUGAAAUUGUUUCCGACGUCAAGGUUGUUGAUGCCGGUAACAAGGUCGGUCCAUCUGAAGCCUCUUUGUUGAACUUGUUGAACAUCUCUCCAUUCACCUACGGUUUGACUGUUGUUCAAGUCUACGACAACGGUCAAGUUUUCCCAUCCAACAUCUUGGAUAUCACUGAUGAUGAAUUGGUCUCCCACUUCGUCUCCGCUGUCUCCGUCAUCGCUUCUAUCUCCUUAGCUAUCGGUUACCCAACCUUGCCAUCUGUUGGUCACGUCUUGAUCAACAACUACAAGGACUUAUUGGCCGUCGCUAUUGCUUCUAAGUACAUCUUCCCAGAAAUCGAAGAAUUGGCUGACAGAAUUGAAAACCCAGACAAGUACGCUUCUGCUGCUCCAGCUGCUGCUGCUGCUGCUUCCUCUGACUCUGCUCCAGCUGCCGCUGAAGAAGAAGAAGAAGAAGAAGAAGACGAUGACAUGGGUUUCGGUUUAUUCGAUUAG